UUGAAUUAUAAGUUGUAACUCAGACAAUGAAAAAUCUAAAAUUGAGAUAACAUAAGACGUCUUAAAGAUAUCGUUAAGACAUCAUUAAAAAAUGUCUUUGAAAUAUCUUAUGCGUCUCCCUUUUGACACAUACAUGUUGUCUGAAAACGUUUCGUAAUAAUGAAGGAUCACGAGAAAGUAUCGGCGGGUCAUUCGCACGUAAGGAUCACGAGGACGAGCACCGCUGUCGUCACCGCGGUACUCGUACAUCGGCCGAUGACUAUCGCAUCAGCUUCGGAGUCGGCGUUCUGUGAUGGUAACAGCAUCGGCGUCGGCGCGGCGUCCGCAAAGCGCUAGGUAGCUUCGCGUCGCGGCGCUUCGCGUCGGCGUCGCUGGAAUCGUCCGCGAAACGGACAGACAGUGGUGGCCAAGGCACCGUGUAAGCGCGUGUAAUCGCCAUAUUGGCCGAACUCCGGACGAUAGCACCUCGCGGGUCGUGGAGCUUUAAAGCUUCCGCGGUUGCUGCUCUUCCAACCAUUGCCCGCGUCGGUACGGUCAUAAUAACGGGGGAAGCACAUAAAGUGGAGCGAGGGCGAGCGGUCCCUGUGCGGAAAAAGAGGCGGCGAGGAAAGGACACGCGAUAAUACCGGAUACGCCUUCGAACGCCGCAUCGAACAGCGAAAAAGAGCUAGAGAAAGAGAGAGAGAGAGAGAGAGAGAGAGAGAGAGGGAGAGAGAAAGAUAAGGAUAAGAUAUAACACGCGGACAUAGCAGUGACAAGUGUUAUACGGAUACGCGUGACAUAAACCAAGGCAAGGGAGAAUCGCAGCGAUCAAUCGCGACGGUGUAUUCAAAUAUCAAUAUCGAUCUUCCUAUAUUCUGGAUAUAUAUCUCUCUCAGAUUGUAUUCUUCGAAGAUUACUUUCGUCAGUUCCGUCUGCAAACUUCCGCGUCGGAUUCUGCGUCGCUUCCAUUGUAUCACAUUCCUUGGUUCUCACUUUCGACGAAAUUUCUACAAAGUAACUACGUGUGCUCCGAAAACGGCACAGACUGCAUCUCGUUUGAAAUCAUGCAAGAAAAGAGAUCGAUGAUUUCCAAUAUAAUUAUCAAUAAAUUCAAAUUAUCAAUAAAUUCUUCCUGAAACUAAUCUUCCUAAGAAGUUUUUCCAUCCAACCGAUUUCGCGGAGGCAAGGAUUAACGCUCAAUCGGAAGUCUUCCGACAGGAUACCAAGCGGUCAAUCGACGAGAAGCUGGCACGAAGAUAGCCUUCAGCAGUCUACCUUGCCGGCGUGACAGUGCGCGAGCUCGUCUCUCCCUCUGGUCUCCACUGCUGCCAAUCAAUAACCGGCGCAUCGGCUCGCUUACGCUCCAAUCUCCUUUCCUUUCUCUCUCUCUCUCUCUCUCUCUCUCUCUCUCUCUCUCUCUCCCUCUCUCUCUCUCUCUCUCUCCUCUCUGUCUCUCUUUGCCUUAUCUGUCUUCCCACUAUCUCACGCUCUUACUUUCAACGCUCCUCUCUUUCUGCUUAAUCAAACACGCUAACAUUCUCCGAUUCCUUUCAUCAUCUUCCCUUUUCUUCCUACCUUUUUCUUUUCCCUGUCUACCUUUCUCUCUUCCCUGCGUCUUCUUCCGCACUCUCGUGUGCAAGAUACGCAUCUGAUGCACAGGCAUCUGUCAAUGCAAUCAACAUCAGGAACAUAAACAGACGCAGCGUCAGCAUCGGUCCGUGCCAGCGACAGCAGCGCAGGCAUUUAAACCGCUGGCCAUAUCAGCGUCUCGCGCAACAUCUUUAACAGGCGCGAGUAUCUAUUUAUAAUUCCGUCAAACGCAACGGGAAACGAAAACUGCGGCAUCGUGUACAGCUACCUAGGUCAGCCGCGAAGAAAAGAGAUGUCGACGUGAAGUUGGCGUUAACCCGAGAGCGUGGCACGACGCGACACAGCCGCUCCUUUAAAACUGUGUAAUUGAAGGAUGUGAUGAGUCGAUCGCGUGCGACGUCCUCACUGUCAUCAUCGUCAUCGUUGCCCUAAAGUUCAAGGAUUUGGGUCUCGGUUGGUUGACCGAAUUUUUCGAGUCCACGAUACGAAACCGCGUAUCUCAAUGGAACGCGACGAAUUCGUUCGAUCGUAUCGCAUUCAUCCUUAAGAGCAAACGCCAUCGGUAGCGAAGGAUCUCCACUUCCUGUUCCUUUCAAUAACGGGUCUCGCAUCCGCGCACUCUCGCCUCUCUCUCUCUCUCUCUCUCUCUUUCUCUUUCUCUCUCCCUUUCUCUCCUACCUUUCCGACUCGGCCGACCGACCAGUCGAUCCGCGCGCGCGGCUGUCCCGUUAAGAGAGAAGGGUGGAGGGUGCCGCGAGAGGGUGACGGUGGUGGAGUGGUAUGUGGCGCGGGUGGUAUUAACGAAGAGGAUUGUCGAGAGAAAAACGACGGACAAUCGGCAGCAGCGGAAAGUGGAAGACGGUGGGAAAUGGAUGAAAUAUCAUGCGCGACAUCGACGACGUAACCCUCCGCUUGUUGGGGUCCGCCGUUGUUCAGUGUCGUCGCGCGACGUCGCCAUCAUCGUCGGCGUAGUAACGCCUCGCCCGAUCUCGAGGCGAGGAAACCGUUUGGCGGCUGAUCGUUUGGUAGUGCGCGUACCUAUGUGUCCGUCCGCGAGUCCGUAAAGGAUUCGUACGCUGGGCUGUUACGCGAUUUCGGCUGAGGGGCACUGGUACGCGCUGGGAGCAUGCGGGUUUCGGGCGAGGCCCGGCGAGGCGGCUCCGCGGGAGGACCGGGCUAAAGGAACGACCGCAUAUCGGAAGGGACACUCGCGAACGCGGGCACGGUGCGCCCGCGGCCGUGCCCGCACCCGCACCCCCGCGUCUCGUCUCGGCGCCGCGUCGCGGCCGGUCACACGCCGAUUAGGUUCAUCCUGAAGACGCGGAAAGCGAGCGCGGCUCGCUUUCGGACGCAUGGAACAUGAUAGAGAUGUCGAGUGGACUUGGUGCAACCGCAAUGGGAAUCGGCGUUAGUCACGGGACGGGCGGCGAAGGUGUAGCUGGUGGUUGCCGCCUCCGUGCACAGAACCAAGGCCAAGCCUCGGGGUCCACGAUGCAGCAUAAUCCGCAACAGUCGUCUCAGCAGCAGCAGCAGCAGCAGCAGCAGCAGCAGCAGCAGCAGCAGCCCCAUCACGAGCAACAACAGUCGCAGCAACAGCAGCAACAGGCAUCCGCGUCGCAGCAGCAAUCGCAGCAACAGCAACGUCAGGCGGCCGGAUUCACGGGUCGAUCGAAGAAGGACAACUGUUGCCUAUGCUGGUGCUGUUGCUGCAGUUGCUCGAAUAAAUGUUUGGCGGCAGUCGGCGGUAAUUCGACGGGUACCGGCGGUGCGGGCGAUCAGGGCAAGAAAAAGGGCAAUGCCGGUGUUGGCGGCGAGCAUGGCAGUGGCAUCAGCGUCACCGACUUCGCGGGUGCAGGUGCGGGUAAUGGUCUCGAUGGACUCGACGGCCUCGACGGUGGUCUGGAGCGUUGCAGCUUGGAGGAGGUUCGGACCUGGGGCUCGUCCUUCGACAAACUGAUGAGGAGCGCCGCCGGCCGCAAGCUCUUCAGAGAGUUCCUCAUGAGCGAGUACAGCGAGGAGAACAUUGCCUUCUGGCUUGCCUGCGAGCAACUCAAGAGGGAGAACAAUCCCGAGACGAUCGAGGAGAAGGCGCGCUACAUUUACGACGAUUACAUAUCCAUACUUUCGCCAAAGGAAGUGAGUUUGGACUCGCAGGUGCGAGAAAUGGUGAAUCGCAACAUGGUGGAGCCUACACCGCAUACCUUCGAUGAGGCGCAGCUGCAAAUCUAUACCCUCAUGCACCGGGACUCGUAUCCGCGUUUUGUCAACAGCGAGAUUUAUCGGAGGGUGGCCAGAAUGACUAGCAGCAGCCCGCCUAGCCCGAGUACAGGACAGGAGCACAGUGGGAAGACGAAGAGCAAGCGAGGAGCGACGUAAUCGUGAUCGUGAUGGUCCAGAGACCGUCGGGAGCGCGGACCAAGACCUCUAAAAUCAAGCAUCUUCAUCAAAGCCACGAUCGGCCGAACCGUUCGGCAAGGGUUCGCAACACCCUCCUCCUCCUCGGAAAGCCUCCGCUGAGGCGAGGAAUCGCCCGAGUGGACAAAUGGCUGACGAAGCUAAUACCUCGCAGGAGGGUAUCUCCAUUCUCACGGAUGGACGACGAGCUUUCUGGUCGCGUCAGAUUGCUCGCACGAAAGCCGGGGGCUUGUUCAGUGAUUCGCUCUUCCACGCGAAGGCGCAACGGGGCCAUGUAAUCGCGCUCGCCAUUUCAUGCGAGCCAUUACGACACCGAUGAUGAUGAUAAUGAUAAUGAUGAUGAUGAUGAUGAUGAUCAUGAUGGACUGAACGUACGACGAGAUCGCGAUCGCGGUUGAUCGCGUAAAUCACAAAUCGCAACGUUCCACUUUCAGGAUUUCUGUACAGAGCGCAUGCACGCGGGAUGGUGGAUCGUAGCAGGAGAAAGGGUUACGCGAUCGCACGGGGAUGACGAGCACCAAUGCGAACACCAUCGAUUCUCCCGUGUCCAUCGAUCUUCGCGAGCCUCACAAUCUACCCUCGUUGUAGUUGUAACUCAAAAGCUCGAAUAGAAGAUCGACUCGGGCUCGCGAGCUUCCCCUUUCUCUUUCGCUCUUCUCGGCUUAAAAGCGAAUUCGAUUUGAAUCACAUACCUUAUGUCUUUCACAAGCCAUUAUAAAAUAGUCAAAGUAUCCUCUUCUAUUUCUUAGCAAAUAUUGAAGAAAGUUAGAAAAACAUUCUGGAUAUUUUUUUAAAUUAAAUUCACGCAUAUUAAACGUGAACGAUUCUAACUCAAUUUGCCAGAGGCCAAGCAGAUUGAAAGAGGUAGACUAUCUGAUUUAAAUCUAAUACGUUCGACGAAACGAGAUGCUCACAACAUAAUAUAAUUACAUAACUACAAUUAUCUGACACAUUUGCUGUUGAAGAGAUGAUGAUAAUCGCCACACAUAUUUCUAGUCACAUGUAUUCAACCGAAAUUCCGCGAUUGCAUUUUUCCGCGGAUGAACAAGCUCUACAAGCUCGCGAAUUGAACUUUUGCGGAAUAAUGAAUACUAAUCCCUCUCUCAGGACGCAAUUGAUCCCGGACGCAUUUUAUCGCGAUUGUGUCUCCUGUGAUUUUAAGAUUAACGCGUAGCAAAAGAAGAAAAUGUCUUCGUGAAAAUAGGUUUAAUCUGCUCAAGAUCGAACUUACCGUUUGCUCUCUUUCUCUUCCUUCUCUCUCUCUCUUUUUCUCUCCUCUCUCUUUCUCUCUUUCUCUAUUUCUCUCUCGUUUCCGCGACAUUUACCUUCCAUAGAUGGGGGAGAAUCGAGUUAACAUCGUCACACAGCCCGUAACUUCAGGGUAACGUAUCGUAACGCAUUUUUUAUCGCGCGCACUUUUCUAUAAUCACCAGUAGUCCGCGAGUUUUCCUUCUCGGGGAAGGACGAAGUCGUGAAAUCGUACUUAUAUCCAGGAAAAUGAGGAGAGUAUCGAGAAAGGGAAAGGGAGAGAAAAAGAGAGUAUCUUUCAAGAAACAUCGUUAAGGAUACCUUGAUUCAUUCGCUUUCAUCACACUUUUACGGGUUACCCGAUGGACAGAGGUUUUCGCCACGUUUUCUGGUACGUCAUCCCCAUGGCGGAUAUUGAGCUACUGCCAGCGAGAAUACACCAAAGAUCGAACGUGCGCUGAAGUCAACUAAUCUGACGAUCACCAAAGAGAAGAAUAACAUUCAAUUGACAUACAUCACAUGCAUAUGCACACGAUUACAUACACACGCGCACAGAUAUAUACAUGUACAAAGACACGCUUACACAUACCCACGCUGACGCAAAGCGCGUACGCUCGUGUAGAAUCUAGUCAUCGUCACGCGGAAACGCGCGACCGUGGAAGAAAAAGGCCUAAACACGAGAAAAAAAAUACCAAGUGUAUCCUUCGAAUUCGCGCGAAAAGUCGAGGCUGUCGCAUCGAAAUUGAACUGUCAUCGUUAAUGAAAGCAAUGAAAGAGGAACCCGGGAGGGGAGGGAGAGAGAGAGAGAGAGAGAGAGAAAAAUUUCACGGAAGCGGCUCGACGAAAAGCGAGGCGAGACGAGGCGUCGCGGUGCGGACGCAUCUUUAAACAUUAAUUCAUAAGUAUAAGUAUGGAAUAGGAUUUAAAAUAAAAUAAAAAUAAAAUAAAGAGACACUCGAGUGUCAUUUGUAAGCACGAUUGAAAAGCCAGCAUUAUUCACACCGCGGCGCCCGCUUGCUAUAAUAAGAAUUUCUUCUCGGCCGCGAUGCGCUCCGACUCGAACGAUUCACUUCGCCUUCAGAUUUAUGUUCCGCUUCCAGUGUCUGUACCCCGAUUCUGCAACUCUUAACAGUGUCGUUAUAAUGUUAUUGUGCAGAUAUGAAAAAAAAAUCUGCGCGAAGUAACGAUAACCGUUGUCAAGAGUUACGGAAUCAGGGUAUUGUAUUCUGUACACGACUACCGACAGUUAUGACAGUAUCGUUAAUUAGCGACAGCCAAUGGCGAAAAGGAAAUAAACGUGACUCUGAUUAGUCGUUAAUUAACGAUACUGUCGACAACUGUCGAUAGCCAUGUACAGAAUACAAGUCCAGAAGUGUCGCACGAAUGUUCCCUGUAGUAUGUUUACAUCUGAGAUAUGCUGCAGUAUAUAUGUGCACAGCACCGUGUUUGACAAUGGUAAGUAAUGUACAUGCUGGAGAGACUCAGAAUGAAAUUAUGAAGAAAUAUGGUCAGUAUAUAAGUGUCAGAAACACGCGACUAAUGUUAAACGUAAAGAUUAAUAGCUAGCUUAAUAUAAAGUAAUGUCCCAAAGAAACCGCGAAGAAACUCCUCCAGCGUUCGUACCUACUUAUGUCAGACACAAGUCAAGCGAAAUGAAUGUCAGAUGUAAACUUGUCGCCAUCUCGGCCGCCAUUGCUAGCAUCUUAUCUCACAUUGUGAGACUGAUCGGGAAAGAGAACGACACUUGGCCGAGACGGCGACAGCGUAUCGCAAGCUCAAGAGACUCAUAUUAUAUA